GCGCCAUUCUUUGCCUAGACCAAGAGUUCGAGAACCCUCGCGAGCCAUUCGAUCGUCUCGCCCACCACACCUCGUGAGAUGUGUGAUGCUGGUACGCAGCGAAAGGCGCAGAAUGUGUGGAACGGCUGGCUGGACGAGCGGGACCUGGCGCCCGGCGAGAUCAUCUCCAACUGGCUGAAGCGCCACACACAGCGUGGCCUCUCUUUGGCCGCCGAGUACGCGCAGGCGGGCUAUGACCGGGCACUGGAGCGUGCGGACGUGGCCUGGAAGGCUCGAAGCCUGCUGGACAGCGGCACCCCGGCCCACGAGGCCAUCACUGUGAAGCAGCAGUGCGACCGCGUUGUGGCGGCUGAUGGCGCUUUGUGCCAGAUGCUGAGGGACUUGUCUUCCCAGUAUACUGAGGAGGCCAGAUUCCCCAAGGACGUGGAGAGCGGCAAGGCCAUCGGCUUAUGGGCCCUGCGGUAUGGCCAGGCUGCUGAGGCGUUGGGCCCGGUGCCCCGAGCACCGGAACGCUCGGCCGUGGAGCAAGAUGCGCUCACGCUGCAACAGCUGAGGGAGGCGCAGUCGCAUGUGGCGACGAAGCUCUUGGGGACUCCGCCAGUCCAGACGCCAAAGGGCAUCACUGGCUAUGCACCGCCGUCAGGUCCUUCAAGGACCGAAAGUGCCAAGACCAAAGCACAGGAGCAAGUGCAGCAGCUGCUGCGCAAGCUCUUCGAUCUCCAUGAUCUCAAGGCCAAUGGCGUCUUGGAGGAGGAGGAGCUCAUCAAGAUGAACGAGAAGGUGGCCUUGCUUCAUUAUGGCAAGGAGAAGACAGACAAGAACGCCAUUCGGGAGAAGUUCCGUGGCGUCUUCCGGGAGCAGCUGGACCCUGAGGGCCGGCCAGUACCCUUUACCGUGUUCCGGGACUACAUGCAGGGCGUGCUGAAUGGGGUGGACGCAGAUCCCUCAGCGCAAGUCAUGAUGGUGGAGCAAUUCAUUGCAGAGGCGGAGACGGCGCGGCAAGCCUUCCGCAUUCCCUCCCUGGCGAGCGAGUCAGAUCAAUUCGUCAUGCCUCAGGCAGCGCUCCCUAAGAAGGAUGCGCCGGGCGGCAGGCCCAGCACGCUGGCAGAUCGCAUCGCACAGGAGGCGGCUCAGCCAGGUGGAAGCUUGCCCGUGGGGCGGCAGCCCGAGAGUGAGCCGCAGCUGGCGGCCGAGCGGACUGCGGCGACGUUUGGCCCUGAAAGCAGCUCGAAGCCCGAGGCUCCACAGGAUGCUGCGAGUGUGCCAUUCCAAAAGGGAGACAAGUUGCAGGUGUGGAGCAACUCCAAGAACAGCUGGCGUGAUGGUGAAGUGAUCGAGGCCUUUCCGAAGGCCUGCAAGGCGGAAGGCUUUGCGGUGCCCGCCGGGACGAUCAAGGUCACCUUCGAUGAGAAAACCAUCAAGUGGGUGAUGCCAGGCCAAGCCGCUUCACUCCUGCGGAGGUUCCGCGCGUUCCGCGAAGGCGGCCGAUCCCCAAAGGCUGUUUAGAGGCUUCCGCGCGACCGGUCUUUCGAAGGCGAUCGGUCUUUCGGGCGGGGUUGGGAAGUUCGGUGCAUGGAGAUUCCAGGGACGUGAGGCAAGCUGUUCGAAUCGGCAAGCUGCGGCAGUUCGACGUUUGGUGCGAUGGAGUUUUCUGCCCCGAGAAGGAAGAGAGUAGGUGAGGGUCCCGUUGGUGACUGUCAGUGGACAGGGGACAAGUUCAGGGCCCUGAACUUGUCGGCUGUAGCUUUACAAGCGGUGUUGAAAAGUGUUCCGGUUUUAACGAUCAAGGGGUGUGUGUGUGUGUGUGUUUAGGACUUCUUUUUGAGAAGAGCAAAACCCCCCGGAACUGGACUCGUGGCUGAAAUCCUAGAGAACCGACAUGUCCAUGACCUCCCAAAAAGGCCGGGAAGACCAAACACGCUUCUUGAAAUCGAAGACGGGCUUUUUCGAGAGCAGCCUUUCUUUGGUGGUGGACAGGUGGGGGUACUGCCAGAAGCGCCAAGAGUACACCUUUUUGGGGUGGAGAAACACUCUUCAGGUCAACAAGUAAUGUUCCAUGGCAUAAUGAUACUCUGACUCACUAACAGAAACAUGGAAGUGGAACCCACCCUGUGUGUAAAGGAAUUCCAAGUCAUUCCAUGGGUGCACGGGAACCAUUUUACACCUGCAUGCUAUAGUGACUGUGUCGGAGUCGGAGUUCUGUGAUGGGAAGCCAUGACUGGCCUCCCCUGGUCACCUGCGCCACCCUGGUCACAUGGAGAUUCCUACCACGAUGUCAGACGCACCCAGAUGAAGACUUAGUGAUGGCGGGGUCGGCGGUGGGAAGCCAUGACACUUGGGUGGGGUGGGUCACCCCGUCGUUGGCCAGGUGCCCAGAUGCCUGAGGCAUGCACCGCACGCUGGUGCCGCAAGAGCAUCAGCAUCGAGCAUGCUCGUGGUGAAAAAAG